UGUACCUCUAAGUGGAAAAUGAUCUUCAUUCGUAAAUCUCCAUCGGGCAUCUACGGGAUGACCGUGAAAUCUUCUUAUGACGACAAUCGCAGCUUCAAUGGAUUAAAAGUUACAAAACUUAUUCCUGGAUCUCCUGCUGCGGACUAUCUUGCUGAAGGGGACGUUAUUACACAAGUCAACUACACUAAACUCCACCAACUAAAUAUUUUCUUUGCUCUCAAGGAAUUCCGCCGGGAAUCUAAAAAGCCAAAACUCAUACUUAAAAUCACAGAAAACAAAGCAAAAAAUAUCAUUCUGGAUGACGUUCAACUUAUCUUAAAAGACAUGGUUCGACUUGCGGAUUUAGAAGCCCAAUUCGCUACAAGAAUGGAUGAAUUGAAUUCCAUAAAUAUCAACAAUUCUGGCUCAACCCUUGAGCCAGACUAA